AUGGCUGAGAAGCUUGGACAAGCGGGGCCUAAGGCCAGCAACAUCCGAACAGCUCAGUCCCUGCCUCCUGAGCCCAUUGAUAUCAUCCGCACCAAAGCUCGCUCCCGGAGAGUACGCCUCAACGUGGGGGGUCUCAACCAUGAGGUUUUGUGGCGGACCCUGGACCGGCUACCCAGGACCCGGCUGGGCAAGCUGCGGGACUGCAACACCCAUGAGUCCCUGAUGGAGAUCUGCGACGACUACAGCCUGAAUGAGAAUGAGUACUUUUUUGAUCGGCACCCGGGAGCCUUCACCUCCAUUCUGAACUUUUACCGCACAGGCAAAUUACACAUGAUGGAGGAGAUGUGCGCCCUUUCGUUUGGCCAGGAGUUAGACUACUGGGGGAUCGAUGAGAUCUACCUGGAGUCGUGCUGCCAGGCCCGGUACCACCAGAAGAAAGAGCAGAUGAAUGAGGAGCUGAGGAGGGAAGCAGAGACAAUGAGGGAGAGGGAGGGAGAGGGAGAGUUCGAUAACACCUGCUGCCCGGACAAGAGGAAGAAGCUGUGGGAUCUCCUGGAGAAGCCCAGCUCCUCAGUGGCUGCCAAGAUCCUGGCUAUCAUAUCAAUCCUGUUCAUCGUCCUUUCCACCAUCGCUCUGUCUCUCAACACCUUACCAGAGCUUCAAGUCGUAGAUGAGUUCGGCCAGGCCAACGACAACCCACAGCUGGCCCAUGUGGAGGCAGUCUGUAUUGCCUGGUUCACCAUGGAGUAUCUCCUCCGCUUCCUCUCCUCUCCUAACAAGUGGAAAUUCUUCAAAGGCCCACUGAAUGUCAUUGACUUACUGGCCAUCCUGCCCUACUAUGUCACUAUCUUCCUAACUGAAUCCAACAAGAGUGUGCUACAGUUCCAAAACGUACGCCGUGUGGUCCAGAUAUUCAGGAUCAUGAGAAUAUUGAGGAUCCUUAAAUUGGCUAGGCACUCCACAGGGCUCCAGUCUCUCGGAUUUACUUUGAGAAGGAGCUACAAUGAAUUGGGGCUGCUCAUCUUAUUCCUGGCCAUGGGCAUCAUGAUAUUCUCAAGCUUGGUCUUCUUUGCUGAGAAAGAUGAAGAUGCCACAAAAUUCACAAGUAUCCCCGCCUCAUUCUGGUGGGCUACCAUCACGAUGACCACAGUGGGCUAUGGUGACAUCUACCCCCAGACUCUGCUUGGAAAGAUAGUGGGUGGGCUCUGCUGCAUAGCAGGAGUGCUAGUGAUUGCCCUACCCAUCCCUAUCAUUGUCAACAACUUCUCUGAGUUCUACAAGGAGCAGAAGAGGCAGGAGAAGGCCAUCAAGAGGAGGGAGGCGCUGGAGAGAGCCAAGAGGAAUGGAAGCAUUGUCUCCAUGAACCUGAAAGAUGCUUUUGCUCGCAGCAUGGAACUAAUGGAUGUGGUGGUGGAGAAGGGAGAGGACAAAACAUCCAUGGACAACCACCUGUCGCCCAGCCGCUGGGGUGGCCCAACCAAACACGCCAGCUCUGAAACCAGUCUCAAGUCUCCAGAGAGGAGGAACCCAGAAUUUAUAAUGCCAGGCUCCCCUCAUCGUAUAACCAUCACCACCACUGGAAGCCCCCAGCAAAUGAACAGGAGCCCCCAGCACCUUAACGUUCAGAAACUGGAAGAGAUGUAUAACCAGAUGACAAAGUCACAGUCCUUCACCAAUCUGAACACUACCAGCUCCAUGAGCACUAUGAGCACUUCCAUGACAGCACCUGCUUCACCACCUAAGAAAUCUCAAAGCCCUGAGUCCACAGUAAAAGAAGAAGUGGAACUGGAGAUGAAGGAAGUCUUGCCCUCCUCCACCAAUGGUGAUGCCAGCCGAUCGUUUGACAUCAGAAACGCGGGCCUUAACUCAGGUGAGGGGGGAGCUCCAGGUCAGGACAAACGUCUCAGGGCCCCACCACCUCUUGAUCUUAGCCAGCUGAGGGCUAGUGAUGAUGACCAAGGCUCCCAGGACACCAUACUCAAACAUGGCCUCUAUGAAUCUGUCCCACUCAAUCCAGGUGAGGAAUCAGAGCUCCAUAUAGAGGAGGAGGAGAGCUUUAACAGAGUUGUGGAGAAUAUUCGGGGCUCUCUUGGAGGCAACAGCCCUCUUAAAAUGAAGGGGUUGAAGGUCAACUUCACUGAAACCUCUGCUGAAGGCCCACCAACACCACCCAGCACCACCUCACCAGGGGACAUUAGCUCCAGUAUCCUGGAAGAUGAGUCUCCAGAGGGAGAGACAUCACCACUCAUCCCUAGCUCAGCAGUACUGGUCCCAGCCACAGAGGGAGAGACCAGCCCUUUGUCUCCUAAGAGGUUGGUGGUGGACACCCCACCAGGUGACGAAGAUCAGUCUGCAGCGAACCAUGAGGAUAAGCAUUUGAUGGAGGUGGCAGGUGCUUCGGUCCCCUUGUCACCGAAGACAGCGGCGCAAAAUUGCACCCAAGGUGUGAUUGGGGCCGGCGAGGAGGUCAAGGCUGACAGCAACCAAAGUGGACACAAAGUGGAGAACCACAUGUUUACACCCGAGAUCCACCUGAUACCAGGGGACGGGAGUCUCUCGCCGACCUGUGAAACCAGUAUGUGACUGUAAGGGUAGAAACAGACCCAUUACAGACCUCAGCCUGGUGUUUUCGGAGUAGAAGAAGAGGGAAAAGGGUGCAGUUACAGUGGAAGAUAUUUUUGCAUGGCAUGACAAGUCCCUUUUACUUGUGUUCUUGUGAAUCACUGAUAAAGAAACUGCAGUGCUUCAUGCAGAUGUGGAAAUGACUUUGGGAUAAAAAAAAAAAAAAGAGUGGGCUCAAUGAAGAAGUGCUUGACAGACAGAGGGAAUCUAUCCAAUUAUGUAGACAUUUUGGUCCUCCCAUGUACAUACUGACAGUAUCUUUUCUAGCAAAAGAGAGAAAUGCACAGAGGGACUUACUGUAAAAAGCAUGCAUUUAAAAAAAGACAGAUAUUUUACGGUGCUUAGUUUGCUGAAAGCGCUCCACUGUAAAUACUAGGACAACCAAGGCAAUGACAAUGCACAAGAUGGCAAAAUAUAACACUUUCACUGAAGGUACAAACAUUUCUAAUGUGAAAAGGGAGGGAGGGGUUGAAUUGAGAGACCUCAGACCGGGUGUUGCAUUGUAGCGACCUAUAAAAAACAUAUCAUUACCUUUUGUGGAAAUGCAAAGUGUUCCCAUGACGACCCUAUAAUGUUUUUGUGUGAAGAAAUGGUGUAUGAAACUGUAAUGUUGAUGUUAUUGCUUUUGGUUUUCCAUAAUGACUGUUGAACUUUCAGUUGAACAUCCAAUAUACAACCUUUGAAUUAAUGACCGUAUCAUUUUAUGUGGGCAAGAAGGAUAAAACCACCUUUAUUCCUCUAAUGAGUAUACACCUGUAGUUGCCAAAUAUGUAACCAGGACAGGAACUAUCAGAUGCUUCAGCUAUUAAAAAUAUUUAGCAGCUGGUUUCAGAAGUAAGGGCAGGGUUUAAAAUUUCACGUUUUAUUCCCCGUUCAGCCUCUCGAUUCCAUCCGAAUCACAUAAAUUAAUAUUAUUUACUCUCUGACAUCAGAUAUAUACAUCUAAUUGUAGAUUUAAGGAUAAAAUAUGAAAUAAGUAGGCCUAGAUUGGUUGUAGAAACCUUCUACAGUAGGGAAGUGAGUUUCCAUAAAGCAGAAUAAGAAUAUUUAUUAAUUCAGUACUGUAGAUCUGGUCAUUACCAUACAUAUACGCGUUGCUCUAUAAUUAUCCAUAUUGGCGAUUAAAACCUAUAGUCUACCACAGAAAAGAGAUGACAAUAUUAUUUGUGAUAUCAAUGGACCAAAUCAAGCACACUGUCAUGCUUUCAGCUGCUCAGUAACAAUUAUGGCAACAUGUAUUAUGAUAGUAGUUGAGUUUUGUUUGUUUUUUUGUUUUUUUUCCUUAUGGGUGGUUUACCUGCACUGUUGUCAUUGUCACAUCUUCAGCAACCUGAUGUCAUUGUUGACAUUUGUUCCGUACUACUGCAAGUUUAUCCGAUCCUGCUGAUUAUUUAAGGCAUCUUUUUGUUUUCUUUCUUUUUUUGUAUAUCCGUAGUGUCUUGGACUGUAAUUUAUUGUGUUUUAUUGUGAACAAAACUGAUUUCAGUCGAACUUAAAACCCUUUUUUUCUUUUCUUUUCUUUUUUUUUUUUUUUUUGGUCUUCUUUCUCACUUUUGUUUUCACUGACUGAAAAUAUCUGUUGUAUGUUGCCUUUGAUUCCAAUGUAUUGCUGGAAUAUACGUUUUUGUUUCAGCAUGACACUUGGCUGAGUGUACCAGUACUGAACUGGCAGUGAGUUUGAGAAAGCCACAUAAACCAGAAUGGUACUGACAGGAAGUGAGUGGGUGAAUUCUAUUGUUUGUUUGUUUAUUUGUUUGUAAUUUUUUUCUCUUUUUCUUUUUUUUUUUUUCUUUUUUUGGUUCUCACAGAGAGGUGUGGAAAGUGCAAUACCGCAUACUGCAAUCUAUGCAGGCCAAGAAUUGUGGCACUUUAUUUUCUGUCUAUGGGAUUUGUAAGUGUACAGGCAGAAAUUACUUGUAUUUUUCAAAUGAUAUAUCUUUAAUAUGAGGCAAACAAACAGUAUUACAACUACCACAGUAUCACAAUCAAUGCAGACGGAGAAUUUGACUUUUACUUUUUCAUAUUAUAUGGCUGGCAUGUGCUGACAAGCACGUUAAUGCCAGACAUUAGUGGACCUCAAAUUUGAUUAUCUUUGGGAAUAGGGAUCCAAAUUGACCACCAGGGCCUUUUAUAUUGCUGUUAGAUUUACAAAGAAAUCUAACUUAUGUCUGUCAAAGAUAUUAAGAUGAUCUAAUUUCAAUGGCCACACACAAAAGCUUUUAUGUUUUUUGUGAAUUAACGUUGAGAAUAAUUCUAUUUUUUCUAAACCAAAAUGGAGCACGACCACAAUUUCCUGCCAUACGGUGGUUGAAAUGAUGCGUGCCUUUUCAUAACAUGGCUGUUUAUGAGAAGGUAGCAAGUCAUUUGGCUUUGUUCAUAUAGCACUGUACAGAAAAUUCUAAUUUUAUAGGAGAAAUCAGGUCUUUAUGUAAUAGAUACAAGUAAUGUUAUUGAGUUCUCAGGUUUUCUAUAACUCUCUGAUGUUCUGAUUGGAUAUAGAUUCUGUUUUUCUUUAACAGCUAACGUCAACUAGUUCCUUCUGUACUUUUUGAAAAGUGAUGUUGUCAAAUCCACAUUGAUGUCUUGGCUCCCAGAGUAAGGAGUGGCAAUAUUUUUGUCCUUCCUCCUGGGUAUUCUAUGUACCACAUAUUCACCCCCAUCAGUCUUCAGUGAAGCGAGAAGGAAUGCAGGGAUCGCCGUCAGGAAGUUAACUUUGUUAGAAAACUGAGGCAUAGACUGAGAAAGAUGGGAGAGAGAGAAAGAGAAAGGGAGAGUGAGAAAGAGAGAGGUCACCACUGAGAAACGGGUCAAAGUGAUUGACCCCAGACAGGCAGAUAUCCCUCCUGUCACUGAUCCUUCUAAUUUGCUCCUACUCUGACCCCACUGACAACUCCAGCCCUUACAGCUUUAGAGGCUCUAUUCCCAUGACAUGCCCUCAGGAGCAGUGCUCGAUUGGUAAAUAGAGGAUUUGGGGGUUAAGAUAAGGCAUGGCUGCAAGAGUAAGCGGAGAAAUGAAAGUGAGUCCUCCCAAAGGGUUCCAUCACCUCAGUGAUCAGUUGUGGUCCAUAUUUCCUUUUACUCUGUGUAUAUGCCCAGACCAAUAUAAUUUGACUCAGUAAUCAGAGAUUCAAGUGAAAGGUCAUGGAAUUGUCUUUCAUGUAAAGUGAUCCCACAUGGGAAGCUCAGUUGCAGAUUCUUUGGUACUCUCCAAAGUGUUAAUUUGCGUUUGUGAAGAGCAAAUGUAAAAUGCGGGGUCAACGAUGGUUAUUCUUGUUGUGGGUUUUCAUUUGUCUUUUAUCUUACUUUUGUUUUUGUUUUGUUUUUUCAUAGGAGGUAAUGAUAACCUUCUUGUUGGAGCUCCUUCUCUGUACCUGUACUUUCAAUUGAAGUUUUUUUUUUCUUUAUCCCUUGUUUGUAGUAAUCAUGUCUCCAUGUUAGCCUAGAGUAAUCCUUCAUUUUGACAGGUAGAGUAGAGAAACAAGGGAUUUGGAUUGAUCAGUUAAGUUCCCUCGGGAUGAUGUUUGUGUGGAUGCUGAAAUUAAUUCUGUGAGCUGACAGCAAAAGGACUGCGCUCUGUCUCGCUGUCUCACAAUGGCAUUAUCAUUUGUGAUAGCGUACAGAGCAGAAAAGUUGUGUCUUUAUUUUCUCUGAGAGAAUGGGUAUUGUCUAUGUCACCCAUGCGUGCUUACCAAACCUUGCUCCUCCACUCCCUGAAACGCAUAAGGCUACAUUGUUUCUUCCCAUGUCUCUGUGUAUUAUGCCUCAUACUUUAUUUAUUUUAUUUUAUUUUAUUUUUUGGAGUUUGUUUUGUUUUGAUUUUUUUUCUGUUCAGUGUGGAAGGACAUUAUCAUUAGACACAUUCUGAGCUACAGACUGUUUCUGUACAAAGCAGCAUCUUUGUAUGCAUGUAGUAGUCCGAACAAUUAUGUGACCACAGAACACUUUGUUAUGGUACAUGUGUGUCAACAUUUCUGUAGAGCAUUGUUCCCCAUACGUCUAUUAGCAUAUGCAGGAUA